AUCAGUAAAAGCAAGAAAAACAUAAAACAAAAGAACGAAACUUUUAUCUCUUCUCGGGGAUCAUCUCCUAUUCUUGCAAAGGUUUACGAGGUAGGUAUGGAGAUGAAAAUUCCGGUUUUUGAUGGAGAAGACCAUGAGAUUUGGAGUAUAAAGAUGAGGACUCUUUUGAUGGCUCGUGACCUGUGGGACGUUGUAGAGAGUGGAGUCUCUGUAGAGAAAAAUCUGAAAACAAAGGACAUGACGGCUCUUCAUAUGCUGCAAAUGUCGGUAACAGACUCUCUUUUUCUCCGGAUAGCCAGAGCUACAUCGUCAAAGCAAGCGUGGGAGAUUCUCAAGGAAGAAUUUGGAGAGACCGAUGACAUCCGGCGUAGGAAAGCUAACAUUCUUAGGGUCAAGUUUAGAGGAAUGGUGAUGGAGGAGGAGGAAAGCUUUGUUGAUUAUACUAAAAAGUUGAUGGAGGUUGUGAAUCAGCUCAAGUUCUAUGGGUCUGCCGUUUCUGAUGAGGAAGUCAUCCGUAAGAUAUAUUGCACCUUGUCCUCAAAGUUUGAUAGUAUGGUAAGCUACAUGCGCGGUGGAGACUUGACACUCACUAACGUUGUUUGGAUCCUGCGAGAGGUGGAAUUCGACCUCGAGGAUGUUAAGAGAGAAUCUUCGCACAACCACAACAAGAAAAGGAGACAAUAAAGAGCUUUUUCAAUCUAAUCUUUUAUUCUGUUGCUGGAAAACAAAUUUAGGAAGUAAAUGUUAUUGCUUUGGAGACUGAGAUGUGUUUUCCUUUUGAUGAUGAAACAAAUUAAGCACUCUCAAAAUGUUCUAUUUUGGUAGUUUUAUUUUUGGCUCUUAGAUAUUAAAUGUUUUCCUUGACU